CUUUCAUCCCUGCUAUCGCCAAACCCUUAAAAUCCUCGACCUAGUCGGCUCCAAUCGAAUUGAUCGUGAGCGAUGCGGCGAAUCGCUCGGUUUCUCCUCCACAAAUCCAUCUCCGCCUUCUCCUCUCUUCCCGCGAUCCUCACAAAACCUCCCACACCGGUCCCCCUUGGUCUCCCCUUCUCGUCCUUCCGCCUGAUGCGAUGCCCGCUCCCGCCGAGUCUUGGCCGCCAUGGAUUCGCCACCGGCGGAGGACCCCUUGACCACAGCAAGGAGGUGGAUGAGAUCAACCUGAAGUUCGCGGAGGCCCGGGAAGAGAUCGAAGCGGCGAUGGAGUCGAAGGAGACUAUCUACUUCGAUGAGGAGGCGGAGUGCGCCCGCGAGGCGGUGAAGACGGUGCUGGAUAUGUUCGAAGGGCUGCUGGCGAGGUUGCCUGAGAAGGAUCGGAUGGCGCUGCAGAGAUCGAUGGGGCUGAAGAUUGAGCAGUUGAAGGCGGAGCUCAAGCAGUUGGAUGAUUAGUUCUCGAGGUCGGUCUUCUUCGCAUUCUGAUUUCCGAUAUUUCUUGCUUCGAAUUAAUCUUCGAUCAGUAAGCUUCUGAUCUUGUCUCCACUUGUCUCGAGUUAUCUGCGCGAAACAUAUCAUGUUCCCUUUCCAGUUUGAUAAGGAGGCAUCAUUCUUGAAUGUUUAAUGCCAUUGGAUGAAAUGAUGAAGGUUAUCUUUUUCGUAUAA